AUGCCGUCCUCCGCGUCCCUAGAGAAAAUGGAGCCUUCUGUUGGCGCUCCAGUCCCUCUUCUCUCGCGGCUCGAGGGCGACAGCAGCCUGACAGCGGAGGAGCUUGCGCAGCUCCGUCAAGGUGUCAGGCACUUCCGGUCUGGCGACAGGGCGGGCUCGGCGGCGGCGGAGGGAGACUCCGAGCCGCGAAAACGCGAGCGGCAGGGGCAGGGCGCGGACGCUGACGCAGACGUGGAAGGGGCGGAUGCAGACGGGCACGGGGACUCGGCGAAAAAGCCGCUGCGAGCUAUGCGUGGCGGUUUCCUCCGCGCCACGGCAGACUACGAAGACCUCGGCGCUUCCCGCUUCGUGAUCCGCCCGCGAAAGUAUCAGCAGCAGUACAGCGCAGUCUAUUUCUCGCGACUCUCUGCGCUUUCAGGCGUCCUUUUCCGACAGGCGGAACGCCUGUGGCCUGGUGUGUGCAUUCACGCAUGCAUUCGAGAUGUCCAGACUUGGCAAGAGUGCGUCAUUGUCGGGACGCUCUUCAAAGACAUGGCCCUGAAGCAGUCGGUUCUGCGGGACUACAUGGACGCCGUUCCAACCCAGACGAAGCCGAACUCGCUGCUGGCAGACACGGACUCGCUCUUCCUCGAAGACCAGACAGCGCGUGUGCGCUUGCUGGUUGACGCCUCCUCCCGCUGGGCGGCCUCCGGCGGCGAGCCUGCGAGCGACGCAGAGGAAGAAGACAGCGAGAACAGACGCGUCUUCCGAGUGAACGGCGUCGUCACAGGGCUGCUCGUCGCCGUCCGCGGCAUGCCGACAGACAACGGGCGCUUCGAGGUGCUCGAGGUUUGCUUGGGCGGCGCGCCGGCGAUUCCGCCGCUCCUUCCCCCUUCACGCGCCCUUGCAUCCGACGAGAGCCUGGGAGGCCUCUCGCACCCAGCCUUUCGAGAUAUCAACUUGGACUCUAAGUUCGUGGCCUUCGUCUCAGACUUGCGCGUGGGCGACGCGGCGACUGACCCGUCCAGGCUGCAGCUUCUUCGAGAUUUUCUGCUCGGCGCAUUCGGGGGGCCUUUCGAGCGCCGACUCGCCUCGCGAAUUGCGCGCCUCGUUGUCGCAGGCAAUGUGCUGACGGCGGUACAGGCGUACGGCUCUGCAGCGUCGCAGGCGAAGACGUCGGCAUCGUCGAACGCCUCACUCAAGGCCGUCCUGCAGGAAGCAGAUCUUUUCCUCUCGCAGCUCGCCUCCUCGCUCCCGGUGGAUCUGAUGCCUGGCGACCGCGACCCGACGACUUUCUCGCUGCCUCAGCAGCCGCUCCACGGGGCGCUCUUCCCUACCAGCCGCGCCUACUCGAGCAUCCACGGCGUCUCGAAUCCGCAUGCCUUCUCCAUCGAUAAGGUCCGCUUCAUCGGCUCCUCAGGCCAGCCCGUGGCGAAUAUCUGCGCCUUCUCUGAUCUGAGUCCACUCGAGGCGCUGCGCCUCUGCGCGGAAGGCCGCUGCCUGGCUCCCACGGCGCCCGACACGCUCUCGCUGUAUCCCUUUGUCAAGGAUGACCCGUUUUGCAUCGCCGAGGACGCCGACUACCAGCACGCGUACUUCUCGGCGAAUCACGAGGAACUCAGCUUCGCGCGGCUGCGGCGAACGGGCACCGGCGCUGGCGAGAUGGAGAGCUACGCAAAUGCCGACGGCGAAGGGCCGCUGCUGCUCUGCGUGCCGAGCUUCGCUAAGAGCUCAACACUCGUCCUCGUGGACAUCCAGUCUCUCGCGGUCUAUCCGCUGCAUUUGGUGUUUGCAACUGAGGAGUCCUGA